GAAGAAAAGAGUACGCUCGUUUUGCUGCUUUGCACCGCCCGAUGAAACACACACUGUUUGACACCGGCUGUCCUCCGCUCUAACAGCCGUCUGUAGAUGCUGCAAUGACAAGUCUCACCUCGAGGGAAGCAAAUCUUACAAAUCAAAUGCUAAAACAGUUGUAGUUUUGCUUGUCUCUGGGACCGAAGUGACGAGGGGACGUUUGGGAACGUUUUGUGAACACCGUUACCGACCGAUUGAGGGGAGCGGAGCAGCACAUUACCACCAAAAUGGCAACCCCAUAUGUUACAGAUGAAUCUGGGAAAUAUAUUGCUGCCACUCAGCGACCUGAUGGAACAUGGAGGAAGCCGAGACGGGUGAAGGAUGGUUAUGUCCCUCAGGAAGAAGUCCCUGUCUAUGAAAACAAGUAUGUGAAGUUUUUCAAGAGCAAACCUGACCUGCCACCGGGCCUGAGCCAAUCUGAUGCAGCUCCGCCAAAGCAGCAGCAAAAGAUCCCCGGCUGUGUGGACAAUGAGACAGCCGGUCUCUCAAAGUCUGCCAAACGCAACAUGAAACGUAAAGAAAAACGAAAACAGCAACAGCACCAGGGCCCGGACGGGGAUGCGGACGUGGAAUCGGUAAGCGAUGCCGUCGAGAACGUGUCCAUUUCAGACGGCGGCGACUCUUCAGACAAGACGGCGUCGGCUGUUUCCGUCUCGUCCGCUGAUGAUUCCUCGGCAGGUGAAAAGGCCAAGAAGAUCAAAAAUCUGAAAAAGAAGCUUCGACAGGUUGAGGAGUUGCAGCAGAAAGUGGACUCAGGGGAAAUAAAAGAGCUGACAAAAGAUCAGUUGGAAAAGCUCGGUCGGGCAAAGGCCUUACAAGAUGAGUUACAGCAGCUCGAGUGUGAUUCUUGAAGCAUUAAAGGACAACAGAUGAUGAGUCAGACAGACUGAACGAACGCACAAACUUCAUACUCAAAGUCAGGAAAAGGGACCUUUGCAGCUUCGUGAUCAUAGCUUCCAUUAAACAUGCUCUACGUGUUUGAUAUUCAUAACGAACUUCGGAAGUGAACACAGUCCCACCGCCUCCCGAGCAGAGUGUGACAGGAUUUCUACGUAGCAGGAACAUGACAAGCCUGUUUUCUAGAUUCAGAUCUCUGAGAAAUAUUAGGACUCCUGCUCAUAUUCUUGUACUGGUCAGGCCAUUCAUUUAUAAAUACAUUUUAAAGAGAUCAUUGUGAACUGUUUUGUGCAUGUCUGUUCUUUCCAUUUUGUACCUUUCAAAAAAAAAAAAAAAACAUUUUCUGUUUAAGAGAAUAUAGUUUGUUGACCUGUCUGCUUUAGGAAUUAACACAUUUUUGUCGGUGAUCAGACGGCCUCUUGUGGUCAAACUAAUGUUGAGGCACUGUCUAUACCGUCAUUACAUGAAUUAAAAUUACAUGCUGUGUAAAAUGUU